GAGCGCACCUCUCUUACGCGAGGAACAGGAAGUCAGGACACAGAAAAUCUCGGAGAACAGAAAAGUUACAACACUGUUGCUGAAAAAUGAGCCGAAUAUAUCACAACACGUCUUUACAGAACAAACCAGUACAUACUGAGAAAUUUGACCGCGUGUGGUCUCCCUCCAUGUAUGAAAGUGGCCAGGGAGUUCUUCUGGAAGGAAAGGUGCUUGAUGUUUCCAGACAUGCUAUCAUUGAUGACAACAAUCAAAAGGUCCGUUUCUACGUGCUGUACAUCAAACCCAGCCGCAUCCAUCAGAGGAAGUUUGACGCCAGGGGGAAGGAGAUUGAGCCAAACUUCAGUGACACCAAAAAGGUUAACACUGGCUUCCUCAUGUCCUCCUACAAGGUGGAAGCCAAAGGGGAGUCAGAUUGUUUGUCCGAGGAGCAGCUGUCAGCGAUGGUGAACAAAGCGGAGCUGGUGAAGAUAACUGACAAGCACCAACCCAGCGGGACCUGGGCCUUCUGGUACCCGGAGUCAAAGAUGGAUGAAAUGGAGUUGGAAACAGGACAGGAUGUACGGCUGAAGACCAGAGGAAACAGUCCUUUCAUAUUCUCGGUUGCCAAAGUGGACAGCAGCACAGUGACCAAGUGUAACUUUGCUGGAGAUGAAAAGGCUGGAGCAUCGUGGACGAACAAGAUUAUGGCCAACAAAGCAGAGGCAGUCAGCACUCAGAAGUCUGGAGAAGGAGAGGGAGCAGAGGAGGAUGAGUGGGACGAUUGAGGAAACCAUCUCUCUCGUCAGCCUGAACUCUUGGACCUGUUCCAGUCUCCAGGUUGAACUGCUUUAGCUUGGAUCCAUUCCUGUCUUUCCUUCUGUAGAUUGGACUGGACCUGGGGUACUUAACCUUUUAUAUGUGUGGCCUUGGGGCUGGAAACCUUGCAUCACUCCUACAGUAUGGGACUAGACUCUUCCAGCUCUACAGAGUGUAUCUGGCUGUGAUGCACACUGUCUUUGUAACUUCACUCUUCUAUACUUUGGAUUAAUGGUAUUAAAUGCAGUCCCAAAAAUGUGUUGUUAUUCAGCGCACUUGUUAGUCCUUCCAUACUGCAAUUUAUAUCCUGUCUAAACACAGACACAGGGUAUCUAAAGAGCUGUGUUGCAGCAGUUGUCAGCUGCUCCUGACAGCUUCAAGCUACUAAUAUAGAAUUUGAAUUGGAAAUCGGAAGAACAAAGGAGCAAAGAAGAGCUUAUCAAAGAGGCUGUUAAAAUGUCACCAACAGGUUAUUAUUCCUUCCUGGCAGGUAUACUGUCAUCUGAGUGAGUUUAUGUGUAAUAAGACACAAAAUACCAACCUUUGUACUAUCAAAGCAUUCACAAAGAGCUCAGUCCAGAAUUCUUAAGAAAUAUACAAAUUCUAAUUUAAUUUUAAUUCUCAAGUAUUUCUUGCCAAACUCAAUCUGAUCCUCUGGUUUAAUGACCUGAAAAUAGUCAUGAAUACCCUAAUUUCCUCUUGUUUGGAUUACUGUAAUGCUUUGUUAUGGGGAAUAUUUGAACUCAUUUUGGUCUGAGGUCACAAAAGCUCUCUCAGAGAUUUUUCAGGUCGAUACUCCUAAAUGUCCUGUACUAUGUAUAUUAGGAGACAAAUUAGAUGGUGUAGCUGUAAGAGCAAUGGGAUAUGUAACACUUGGUUGUCUUGCUGCUAAACAUAAAAUUGUUGUGAAUUUGAAGAUUAGAGCCCCAUCCUGUUUUAGUUUGAGUAGUUGGCUGGAAGAAUUUAUUCAUUUAAUUGGUAUGGAAAGAGCAGCUGCCACUUUAUGGCAGCUUGAUCCAGGUUUAGAGGGCCUAUGGGAUAAAUUAAGGUUAUAUUUAAGUUCUUUACCAGAUUGAAGAAACCAAAUAUGAAUUAUAUCUAUGUAUCGAUUUUUUAUUUUUUUAAUUUUAUUGUACAGCACUUUAGUCAACUCUGGUUGUUUUGAAAUGUGCUUUAUAAAUAAAUGUGAUUUGAUCUUUG